AUGCACGUUCUUCUUACCAACGACGACGGUCCCUUAGACAACACCGCGUGCCCCUACAUGAAGUAUCUCGUAGAUGAGAUCACCUUGAAAACGGACUGGGAGGUUUCCAUUGUGGUUCCAAACCAGCAGAGAUCUUGGAUCGGGAAGGCCCAUUUUGCCGGUAAGACUUUGACUGCCAGCUACAUCUAUACUAAGGUUUCCACUCAGGUUGAUAACAGAGAUAUUAAUGCAUUUGAAGGUCCCUUCACCACCAAGCAGCUUGAUAAGGCCCAUCCAGAGUACCAGGAAUGGGCCCUUAUUGACAGUACACCCGCUGCUUGUGCCGAUAUUGGUAUUCACCAUUUGUAUCCUGAGAAGGGUCCCGUGGAUUUGGUGAUCAGUGGUCCAAAUUUCGGGAAAAACUCCAGUAAUUUGUACAUCUUGGCAUCUGGUACUGUUGGUGCUGCUAUGGAAGCUGUUACUCACGGAAUCAAAGCACUUGCGUUUUCGUAUGCCUUCAACAACUUGGAUCAUGAUUUUACCAUUUUGAAGGAGGCUGCCAAGAUCUCUGUUAAGUUGGCUAAAACUUUGUACAAGGAGUUGAAAGAGAGCGACGACAUUGAUCUCUUUUCUGUGAAUGUCCCCUUGGUAGAUUCCUUGAAAUUGGGCCAAACUAAGAUCCACUAUGCCCCCAUCUUCCAAAAUCGGUGGGAUUCCAUUUAUGCACCAGUUGAACAAGACGGAGUACAGCAAUAUUCGUGGCAGCCGGACUUCAAGAAGGUGUAUAAGGAUGGAUUGAAAGACACCUCUCACACAGAUAGCAGAGUCUUGUUGGACGAGGGGGUGAGUGUUACUCCUUUAAAAGCCACAUUUAAAGCUGUUGCUCCCCAUAGUGGUGAGAUCACAUUAGAAGGAGAUGAAGAGGAAGUGGAAAAUGUCUCAAAUGGUAUGUCAUCGUUGUCAGUUUCAAACGAAAAGUCGUCUCGGGUGGUAUUGAUAACCCUCCCUAAAAUGUCGUACAUAUACCCAGCAAUUUUGGAAUCGAUUCAAAGUAAUUACCCUAGCAUUUCAGUUACUAACGAUCCUAGUAUUCUAAAGAGAGUCUCCGAAGACCCUUCUUUGAAAGUCUUCCAUUACGGUGACUACGAAGAGCUUGACAUUGACCUUUUGUCUAGUAAACCAGACCAAUACUUUGUGUGCUCUUACAUCUAUCGUAAGGCGUUGAUUCGUAAACACUUCUUAGCAAAUACUAUUCACCAUUAUGUAGUGAAGAACCCUGAGCUGAAAUUAAUAUCUGCAGCACCGGAGAGCUAUCAAUUAGAAGUUGAUUAUGCUGAGUUUCUCGAUGAUGCCUUAGAUGACUGCUAUGAAUUGAGAGAAGAAUUGGAAUCCGGUGAAAAGACCUGGAUUUUGAAGCCCAGUAUGUCGGACAAGGGCCAAGGAAUUAGAAUUUUCCAAACUGUAGAUCAAUUGCAAGAAAUCUUCAAUCUGUUUGAAAUCUACGACAGUGACGAAGAAGAGGAAAUUGCCGAUCAAGAGGAAAAUAAUGGAGUGAUCAUUUCUCAGCUUAGACAUUUCAUUGUUCAAGAGUAUCAAAACAAGCCCCUUUUAUUGGAACAAUAUGAAAACAAGAAGUUCCAUUUAAGGGUAUACGUGGUAUGCUUUGGAGAUUUGCAAGUGUUUGUAUAUGAAAACAUUUUGACUUUAUUUGCCGGGGACUCCUUCAAACAAGUUCCAACCAAAUCUGAAAAUGAUGUGGAGGAAAUAUCAUUGGAUGGGCACUUAACCAAUACUUGCUUACAAGAAGGUAAAGAACCGUUAGUAGUUCCAUUUUGGGAUCUUGAAGGGAUAUCGGUGCUAGAAAAAACGACGGUAUUCAAGCAGGUUUGCGAUGUAACUGGCGAACUAUUCAAGGCGGCUGUGAACAUUGACAAGAUGAAUUUCCAACCAUUAAACAAUGGAUUAGAAAUCUUUGGAGUAGACUUCCUAGUAAAUAGUGAUCUUCAAGUGAAAUUGUUGGAAGUGAACUCAUAUCCAGAUUUCAAGCAAACAGGGGAGGAUUUGAAGGGGUUAAUUUACGGUUUGUUUGAAGAGGUGAAUGAAUUGGUUGGUAGCUUGAUAGAUGUGCACGAGAACAAAGAGAAGAAGGCUAAGAGUAAAUUAAUUUCAGUUAUGCAUGAAGGUGGAAAGAAUUGGUAA